AUGUUGCCGAGACGUGGUAUGUUUGCUACUAAUAAUGUGUCAGUGAUUGAUGGUCUAUUUGAGAUCUCAAAACCUGUGGAAUUGAAUGCUACGUGGGGUUAUGGAGGUGACUAUACGGCAGCUAAGAAGGACAUCCAUGCAAACCCUAGCUCGUGUAACGUGGAAAACAAGGAUGCUGCAAUUAAUGAUGAGGGUUUUUGGGAUCCUACUAAAAAAGAUAGCAAGAGUUCGUAUGCUGAAAAGCUUCAGUCCAAGAAUCGGAUCAAAAGGGAGGUAAACUUUAGGUUUAUGCAACCAGCUGAAAUAAGAGAUGAUGCUGACAUUGUUAUUCCUAAAGAGGUGGUUCAACAGGUCCAGGAGAAAUUUGAGAAUGUAUUAUAUGGUUAUUUUUUAGGGAAUAGACUACCCUUCCCGGUGGUAGAAUAUUAUGCCAAAAACGUUUGGUCGAAGUUUGGUUUUUCUAAACUAAUGAUGAACUCAUCGGGUUUCUUUUUCUUCAAGUUUGAGGAGAAGGAGGGUAUGAUGAAAGUGCUGGAAGGAGGUCCGUGGUUGAUAAGGAAAAUCCCUUUAUUUCUUAAUGUAUGGUCGCCGAAGGUUAGCUUAAAAAAAGAUGGCAUUAAAUCACUUCCUCUUUGGGUCAAAAUGCAUAAUGUUCCGAUUGCAGUUUAUUCGGAUGAUGGCUUAAGCUUGUUGGCUUCUAAGCUGGGAGUUCCUAAAAGAUUGGAUUCAUACACAGCAGAUAUGUGUGCAGAGAAUUGGGGUAGGAGUAGUUAUGCCCGUGCUAUGAUAGAGGUAAAUGCAGAAACUGAGCUCAAAGAUUAUAUAUCUAUUGCUAUCCCAAAGAUGGACGAGGAGGGCUAUAUUUUGGAACGAAUUAAAGUAGAAUAUGAAUGGAGACCACUUCGGUGUGCUACAUGUUGUUUGUUUGGCCAUGACGAGAAUACAUGUAGUAAGGUUGACAAAGGGAAGGCUAAACAUGUUUCGGUAGAUGAGGAAGGGUUCGUAACUGAUAGAAGACGGGUAGCUAAACAAACUUUUCCCCAAAAGAAACAACAGCGACCGAAGGUUAUAUAUAGACCUAAGAUAAAUAAUUCUGGAGCGAGUACAUCGGGAACCAAAACAAACAGUGACCAGCCUACUAUGCAGGUGUCGAACUCGUUUCAGGUGUUAACUCCGGUUGAAGAUGAUGAACAACCAAAGGCUGAUAAUGAGCAUAUUCGUAGUGUGAAUCCUGAGAAGGAAGCUGGUUUAGAGAAUGAUGAGGUUUUUGAACGGAUCCCUACUGAAGUGUCUAAAUUCAUGGGUAAUAAUGUUAAGAAUACUCAGUCUGAGGGGGCAAGCACUCCCGGUGCAAGCGGUUUUAAUGGGUAG